AUGCCGUCCUCCCUCCGCGCUGCCUCCAGACUUGUCCCCCAGGCGUCUUCAAUUGCAAGAUCCUCCCAGAGACUGGGCCAGGUCCAGAGACAUUUCAGCUCCUCCAGAUCCUGUCCCCAGCAAAUACAAGACGCCUAUAUCCUCAGUGCCGCCCGCACCCCAACAGCCAAGUUCAAUGGCGCCUUCGUCUCCGUCUCUGCCCCCGAGCUCGGCGCCGUAGCCAUCAAAGCCGCCAUCGAAAAAUCCCGUGUCCCCAUCGAGAAAAUCAAGGACGUCUACAUGGGCAACGUCCUGUCUGCCUCCGUUGGCCAGUCCCCCGCCCGUCAAGCCGCCCUCUUCGCGGGCCUCUCCUCCUCCGUCGAGGCCGUUACGAUCAACAAAGUCUGCGCCUCGGGACUGAAAGCAGUCGUCUUAGCCGCCCAGAAUAUCCAACUGGGUCUGGCUGAGGCACAGGUCGCCGGCGGCAUGGAGAACAUGUCCAGGGUCCCCUACUACGUAGCACGGGCCAGCCAGCAACCGCCCUUCGGCAACGUCACGAUGGAGGACGGCCUCAUCAAGGAUGGCCUGUGGGACGUCUAUGAGCAAUUCCACAUGGGUGUCUGCGCGGAGCAGACCGCGAAGAAAUACAACAUUUCCCGCGAGCAGCAGGACGAGUACGCCAUCCAAUCCUACAAGCGGGCCCAGAAAGCCUGGGCCGAAGAUAAGUUCGCAGACGAAAUCGCCGUCGUGACCGUCAAGGGGAAAAAGGGCGACACCUCCGUCUCCAGGGAUGACGGGUUCGAAAACCUGCGCGAGGAUAAGCUGAAGACCCUGAAGCCUGCCUUUGUUCGCGAUGGCACGGGCACCGUCACUGCUGGCAACGCCUCGACCUUCAACGACGGUGCCUCUGCCCUCGUCCUUACGAACAAGGAACUGGCCCAGAAGUACGGCUCUGGAAACCGGGUGCUCGCCCGCAUCGUCUCCUCCGCUGAUGCCGCCCUUGAUCCCGUGGACUUCCCCGUCGCCCCCGCCAAGGCCGUCCCCAUCGCCCUUGAGCGCGCUGGCUUGACCAAGGACCAGAUCUCCAUCUGGGAAUUUAACGAAGCCUUUGCUUCCGUGAUCAAAGCCAACGAGAAGAUCCUCGGUCUUGAAAACGCCGUCGUCAACCCCCUCGGUGGCGCCAUCUCCAUUGGCCACGCCCUAGGAAGCUCCGGCUCGCGGAUUCUCACCACCCUCCUCCACCAGCUGAAGCCAGGCCAGUACGGUCUCGCUGCCAUCUGCAACGGUGGUGGUGCCGCUACUGCCGUCAUCGUCCAGAGGUUGGAGAGCGUCGAGUAG